UCAAAUACGACAAUACAGGACAGCUAUAGUCCAAAACUGGCGUCCAGUUCUUAUCAGUUCCCCCCCGAGAUUUUAGUUGUGGUUUCCGUAAUUUACCCCUUCAAAAUAAAUAAGUUUACACUUAUAUAUAAAUAUAUCAUAUUUUAAGGAGUAAAAUUAGGCAAUUUAAUAGGAAUCUCGGGGGGAAUUGAUAACCCGGUCCGGUCGCCCUGUUUUACAAUAAUUCAUUGUCAACUCAUUGUGAUGGCUGUUAAUUCGUCAGUUGUACUUGUAAAUGCUGGCCUAGAAGCAUUAUCGAGAUUUGUUGGUGAUUUGAAUUUUGAGUUGUCAGAGGUACCGACUGCUUUGAUGGCUGGAUCUAUUGUCGGAGCAUGUAGUUUUAUUGGAGGUCUUGUAGGUGGAAGAAUUGGACUUUUAGUUGGCGGAGGUAUUGGAUACCAGAUUAACAAUUUGUUGAUACCAAGAAUUAGAAAUGUAGGAAACAUGUUACGGGAAUUGGCUACAGAUCAACUUCGAAAUUUGUUUGAUUUACUGAUUAGUGGAAUUCAAAAUACGGUCUUUACUGUACUGCGUCAAAUAGUAAAUCAAAAUCUAGACCUAACAGACCUUUUAGAAAGGUUUGGUGGUAAUUCUGAUGUUCAGAUGAAUAUCAUUCAAACUCUUAUCAAUUUCUUCAAUGGUAUUCAUGGUGGUACUUUCCUCCAAGUCACACCAUAAUAAUAAUAAUUAUGUGUAAUAAUAAAUGUGGAUCUUUUUUUGCCGCAGCUAACUUAUUUACAUUUUUAUUUAAAAAAAUAAUCAAUAAUCAAACCAAAUUUGUACGCAUUUUUUGUAACACUAAUGAAUAAUAAAGAUUCAAAAUAAAUAUUUUUUACUAAUAAA